UUCCUGUGUUACCGCCCUUGCUUGCCAGGGAGUGGACUGACAAGCCCAGUUCAGAAGCAGGCGCAGCUGCAUUCACUUGGAAUUCUGCUGCUAUUCGGAGUUUUUUCCUUGAGAGGUCUCUUUACCCUCAGGCGUCCCCCUGACCUGGAGCAGAAGCAGGACCAGUGUGGCUUCAGUUUACUGUUAGUGUUGCCUAGGAAGCUAUAGCCACCAUGGCGUUGUCGUACAAGAAGGAUCUGGGCAAAUACAAGGAUAUCGAUGAAGAUGAAAUCCUCAAAAAUCUGUCAGCGGAGGAGCUCAAACAGCUGGAGUCGGCGCUCGCAGAGAUGGAUCCUGAGAAUGCCCUCCUUCCAGCCGGUUUACGACAGAAAGAUCAGACCAGUAAGGAGUCUACCGGACCGUUCAACAGGGAUCGUCUGCUCAAAUACUUGGAGAAGGAAGCUAUGGAGUAUAAGGACAGAGAGGAUAUUGUGCCGUUCACAGGAGAGAAAAAAGGAAAAGUAUUUGUUCCUAAGCAGAAGCUGAUGGAAACAAGCCAGGAGGAAGCCACAACCCUUGAUCCAGAAUUAGAGGAAGCACUCUCCAGUGCUACAGACACUGAACUAUGUGAUCUAGCAGCGAUUCUGGGUGUUCACACACUGGUCACCAGUAACCGGACAUUUGAUGGGACAGGAAGUAAAGAGGGUUACAACAAUGUGAUCAAAGGAGAGAAGAUGAACCCAGUGUUUGAUGAGCCUCCCAACCCUACUAAUGUAGAAGAAACUCUGCAGAGGGUGAAAAGCAAUGACAGCUCCUUAACAGAAGUGAACCUGAACAACAUUAAGAACAUUGCCAUUCCUACGCUGAAAGACCUUGCCAAAGCUAUGGAGAAGAACACACACGUCAAAAAGUUCAGCCUGGCUGCCACACGGAGUAACGACCCGGUCGCCGUGGCAUUUAGCGACAUGCUUCGGGAGAACAAAACAUUGCGGAGUUUAAACUUGGAGUCUAACUUUAUCACUGGUGCUGGGGUGCAGAGUUUGGUGGAUGCUCUGCGAGACAAUGACACACUCACAGAAAUCAAGAUCGACAACCAGAGGCAGCAGCUGGGGACCUCCGUAGAGAUGGAGAUAGCUAAAAUGUUGGAACAGAACAAAAGCAUAGUGAAGUUUGGCUACCACUUCACUCAGCAAGGACCUCGGUCCAGGGCUGCUGCUGCCAUCACCAAGAACAACGAUCUAGUCCGCAGGAGGCGAGUGGAGGGGGACCUGUAGUGAAGCGGUACAACCUUUUUCCGAGCCAAUCCUGCUUUUCAUCUCGUGGUGUGGAAUGAUUUCAGCCAAUGCCCUGGUCUCAUCUCACUGUGUGCAAAUUUUAGUCCUGUGCCAAACUACAGAGCAAGGCGCGCUUAAGCUGAAGAUGCAUCUGAGAAGAAGGGAAAUAACUGGAAAUGCCCCCCCACCCCUUUGUCUGUUCUUUUAUUUGUUAUUAAGUUGUUAUUGAAGAUGUACAUCUUAUUAGUUUUUAGACAUUUCAUUUCAGCUGAUCCUAUUUUGAGCCUUUAUAGUAGCUGUUUAGCCUUUUUAAUUUGAUUUUCCAUUUUAUGUAAUGAUUUGAACUAAUCAUGAUCAUCACCAAUAACACACCAUUAGAACGUAACGCUGAGGAACAUCUGGGCUUGCGGUUUGGGUCCAGCUUUGAGUUGGAUUGAUGUACUAAAGCAGCAGUUUGUUUGAUUUUUGAACCAUCCUGAAGUUGAUGCUCAGAUCUAAUGACUCGCGUGAAGGAGAGCAUGCCCGUUUUACAUGAAAUGUUUGCAGGAGGGGCCUUGUGAAGGUAGCACUCUCGUGUUGGUGUGUUCCAAAAGGAGCAACUUAAAGCUCGUCUUUCUCUGCAGUCCAGCCGAGACUACAAGCUUGAUCACAAAGUCUGCUAAAAUACCAUCUAAACACCUGUUUAAUUCCCUAUUUGUAUAAUAUAACCUGUAACUAAUGUAUUCUAUAUUCUUUUGUUUGUUAAAUCUAACUAAAGGUUUUCUUUUGAUACGGUUACAACUCUAAUGCAAGUUUCUCUGCCUCUAAAAAACAAGCAAACUCAUUUUUGAUGUUUUUAUUACACAAAAGUGGGAUUAUAUUCCAAAAAAGAUCUUGUUCCAAUUAGAAAAGGUUUUAAUCAGCUGCAUGUGCUUUUUGUCUCUGAUGCUCAGUUAUGCCAAAGACUAACGAGGUGCAGAAAUAUCAAUACUGGACUUUGUUUUCCUUCAUAGUGCAGAUCUGAGGAUAUGGAGUCCGUUUGUAAAAAUUACAAAGAUAUUUUUUACAGCCUAUUCUUUGCCCCUUUCUUUCUGGCCUUUCACAAUAAAAUCAUCAUUUUAGUCCAGUAGAUGUGACACUUUCCUCUCAGGUUGCUUAUGAAAUGCCCCAUAGGACUUCAUCUCACAGACAGGUUUUAAUUCCUUCACUUGCAUGCCUAUAAUGCUUUGAUUCUCAGUUUUAGAACGUGUGCAUCAAAUGAAGUUCUCGGUUACACUAACCUGCUUCAGAUGGUCAAAACGGAACUUAUUCAGGAGUUACUUGAAGCUUGUACAUACUGUUUAUAGGAACUAUAUGCUGGCAUGAAGUCGUCACUUGUGAACACCGUGUUUCUGUAAACCAAAACCGUGUUUUCUUUCCUCUUGGCCUCACAUUCCUUAAAAAUAGAUUUACUUUGGGGUUUCAUAUCUGUGCACUUUUUCCUAUCUGCUACUUUCAGGUGAAAUAUUUUGUUCCUACAUUCCUGUUUUUUAAUUAUUUUCUUUAGAUGCUCACUUAAAGGUGGGAAACUUAUUUUGUUUUUGUUUUUUUGUUUUUGCUUGGGCUUGUUAGCAUUCUGUGGUUCAUACUAUGUAUAUUAACUGUAAAAUGCCAUCUCACAUGGAAGUUAUGCACACAGAUACACACGUGUAAACGCAUCACUGCUGAGAUUUUGUUUUAAACUUCAAGGUGUUAACACAAAGGAAUGUGUAUUAUAAGAAUACCCCACAAGACUGGGAAAUGAAAAGCACUGCUUAAUAUAAAACAUCCUCAUCAAUAAAUGUUUAUACAUA